AAUAGAAGAUCACCAACACUCAUACACCGAAGAUGUCUGCCAGUCCCCGGCAGAUAUCCCACUGGUUCCUUGUGUGAGUGUAGCUGUUCUGGCGAUACGGACGGUCAAUCAAGCUCAAACGAAGUACAGCUUUACGCUACAGCUUGUCGUCGAAGGCUUUUUGAACAGAAUCGCGUUAUACUCAGCAAAGUAAACUAACGAAAUUCAUCAAAAUACCUUUUACAUUUUUACCAUAACUGUAAAGUAUGAAUGCCAUAAGAAUUUCUUAUGAGAAAAGAGCAAACAAUCGUAAAAUGAUGCAGACUGAAAUCAAUCCGGAAAUGUGCAACCAUACAUAUAUGCAUAAAAUCAAGCUGUGAGUCGAUUCUGCAUCAUAUAGCGACCUUAUGAAGUUCAUUACAAUCGUUAUAAAAAAAUACACUAUACACCGUCUGCAAUCAGAGGUUGCACAGACUGAGCGAUCUCUAACAUUAGGCAACGGUCAACACACGAAACACCCAGUGGUCCAGUGGAGAAUUAUCCGUUUGACGAGAAGCUUUCACCAACUGGAGCGGGAAUCGAACUCACACUCCGAGGUUUACGAAUCGCCCAGAUAACAGACGCCACUAACCGCACGCCCAUGAAGCCCACAACACACGAACACUAUCUGAGAUGCUGGUGGAAAGUAAUAAACAAAUAUCAGCUGUUCCCGGCAACAGCAACCAGCUGAUUUACAUUAGUGUUCGUGACACAACGCUGCGAGAGCUCUGUUCAACCAAAUUAUCAGCUUCAAUUCAAAUCGUAUCAAGAUCCGGCUGGUGUUUAUUUCGAAUUUCUUCCCGGAAAUCAUCAUAACAGUUUCGAAGCAAGGUGAUUGUUCGCAUAAUAACAUAGUAACGGUAACAAUUCUAACUUUUUCGUUCGAAACGUGAUGUUUUAGAUUGAAUAAACAUGAGUUCCGAAGAAAGUUGUGAGGAUGAGGCAGACGAGCUUUCCGGCGAUCAAACAAUAUCCGACAUUUUGUCAGAAGAUGACAGUCUUGUGGAUAUCGAAGCUUCGGUUCCUCGUCGGGAUAGUGAAAAAGCGAUUUUUUAUUACGGAAAGAAUGGGAUCAAAUGGAGUAAGAAGAGUUCUCAUAGCACGCCUGGAGAAUUCGACCAUUCGAGGCAUUGCUUGAAUGAUAGCGCAACUAAAAUUCAGUCGGCUAAGGAUGCUUUUCAGCUCUUCUUUCCCGACAACUUGAUCAGCUUGAUGGUGAAAUAUACCAACAUGUAUGCUCGUCGUAGACAUAACCGUGGUCGUUCAAAGUGGAAGGAUGUUUCCGUUCCCGAGAUGAAGGCGUUUAUUGGCGUGCUGAUUGCUGCAGGUAGGAUGCACCAAAAUAAUUUGAAUAGUAAACUCCUAUGGGCGGACGACAGUGUUUGGGCACCUCAGUUUUACAAGCUGGCUAUGUCUCGAAACAGAUUUAGUGAAAUAUUCAUAAAUUGGCGGUUUGACGAUCGAAGUACCCGGUCACGUCGAUUUAAAGCAUCUCAGGAUAAAUUGGAACCUGUGAAGAUGUUCUAUGAAACAGUUGUCGAUCGAUGCAUCAAAGUUUACAAUCCUGGAAAGAAUUUGACAGUCGAUGAGCGGCUGUGCACAUACCGCGGUAAGGUUUCAGACUUCUUGGCAAAGUAUCAAAUGAUGAAUUAUAAAAUAACAUUUGUGCAUCAUUUUGCUUUAAAUUUUCACAGAAGUUUUAUGUAAGGCUCGAGUGUCCUUAGUAAUCCAACACUGCGCAUUUUCAAAUGAGUUUAUCAAAACUGCUGAAAUUUUGCAAGAAAAUGUCUGCGCUUAUAAUAAUUGUUUACAAAAUAUCAUCAAAUAGCUACUUAUUAGACUUUCAAUAUGCAGAUGAAAUUUGUAUGGUAUAAAAUGCGUGGCAUGAGCGUCUUUGAGCAACAGUUGAAAGUAUUGCACCAAUUGUUAUGAUUUUUUUUACUAACAAUAAGGAUAUAGGGGAUUUUUAUUUUAUUUUCGGCAGCUUUGUUCCUUUUAUUAUUGGGUAUAUUCUAAAUUAAAAGUUAUUCUUGAAGCUCUCGUUACCUAACUGAAUAAUACAAACAAGUUUCAAGCAAUUUGGCCGACAAAAACCUCUUAUGAUGAAGAAAACAAAACCAUCGAAAAUACUCAAAGUCACUCUAUUGAAAUAUUUUGAGUCACAUUUUUGCCAUUUUUACCAAUACGUUGCAAAGUUACAACAGUGCUUCAUGUCCCCAGAUUCAGAUAGCGGCUGAUUCAAACUUUUUAUCCUUUUCGUUAUUUUCUUUAUAUACUUUGCGUAAAUAAAAAAAUCUGAAUCUACAUUAAAAUUAUGUUUACAAAACAGCAAAAUGCUCACAAAUGAUCUCAUAAAAAAUAACUACAUGUUGAAGUAUCAUGUUUGCUCUUGAUGGACUUUCAGGACAUGUCCCUUUCCGGGUUUACAUGAAAUCCAAACCUGGAAAAUAUGGAGUGAAGUUUUGGUGCUGUUCGUGCGUCGAUUGCCAAUACAUAUCCAAUUUUCAAAUUUACACGGGUAAAAAGGGCGGAACACCAGAAAAGGGGCAAGGAAAACGUGUGGUGCUAGACCUGCUUCAGCCGUUCCUUAACUCAUGGCGUGAAGUAACAACAGAUAACUUCUUCACAUCGCGGGAGUUAGCGGAAGACCUAUGGAAACAAAAGACACUCAUAACUGGAACCCUCCGACAAAAUAAACCAGACCUUCCCGCAGAAUUUGUGUCGGUUAAAGGACGAGAGCAGAACUCGGUUCUGGUGGGGUACAACAACCAUUGCGCUGUAACAUCAUUUGUCGAAGGGAAAAAGUCUAAACCUGUUGUUGUGCUCACUACCAAUCACGAAGCUACCGAAAAAAGCUCAAAUAAACCAGCGAUUGUUAUUCAUUAUAAUAAAACGAAAGGGGCAGUCGACACAGGUGAUUUCGUCACCCGAAACACGAAUUGUUCCCGAAAAACUAGAGUGUGGUCGAAAAAAGUAAUGAUGGAGAUUAUCAAUAUAGCUUGCCUCAAUGGAAGUUGCGUCUACAGAAAAGUGUUUGCUCCGGAGAAUCACUUAUGGCGAUCAGAGUUCUUGAAACGCUUAUGCAAUGAACUGAUUCAAGAGAAUGUUGUGAUUCGGAGUGAAAACCGGUACAUUGGAUCUAACAUGAAAAAAUCAUUGAAAGAUUUCAGCAGUCAAAUGGCGGUUUAUAACAAAAGAGAUAAAUGUUGCUCAUCGUCUAAAAGCUUAAGGAAGUGUGUUAAAUGUAAGCAAAAGUUAUGCCUUAAGCGUGGAAAAGUCAUCAAAAUCAUUAUUUGUGUAAAUUGCCGAAGGCGGCAUUCCCAAACUUUUCGAGUACAGACGGUAAAUCUUAAACGAAAAAGAUGUGAACUAUGCAAGAGAGACAGAAAAACGAUGACUACUUGCUCGUAUUGCGCGGUGUUCGUAUAUGGAAACUGUAGUAGAACUACACAGGCAUUUAUUUGUCAUAAAUGCAAGGCAUAAACGGGUACAUCAGCAUUGUGACAUAGAAUACGUUUUUCAAAUAAAGUUUAGAGCAAAGAGUAAACAAGUUUUAUUUAUCUUGAUGACGAAACUUUGUGAACCGCUUCAUAAAACAUUUCUCAUGGAUGUAUGUAGGGUGACAAAGGUUAUUAUCGGCAGGUUUGUACUCUUCGGCAUGGGUUUUUAUGUGGGCUAAAUUGCUAGAAAUUUGGGAAUACAACUCAGCAUAGUUGGGAAGGAUUUUAGGCCAACUUUUAGAUCAACAGGUUUCAUAAAAAAAACCAUGACAAAGAGAACAAAACUGCCGAAAAACGUAAGUACCUCUAUGUACAGUGAUCGAUUUUUCUUCAUCGACUUCAUCGAAUUUCUUUUGGGAUUUUUCCCAGAAACACUUUCAGUUCAGGCAUGAAUUCGCUAAGUUUAUCAAAUUUCCAUAGAAAUAGUUUUGAUAGACCUUUUUAUUGACACAUCGUAGAAUAUGAGUUUAUGAAGUCCACAGAGAUGUCACACAGGUAAAACAUGUGAUUAAAUUUCAUCUACAGCUCAAUGAACUCAAGGCCUGACUUUUGCCAGGCCGAUGGUGUACUGGUUUCGGGAGCUAACCAUUGUUUUCCGCGUGUAAAAAACUCUCGUUAUUGUCCGUCUAUGGUUCUCUGAAGUCAAGGCAUGACUUCGCUUAGGUCAUCACAUUUUCCUAGGGAUAGUUGUGCAAGACCUUUUCCCUGACACAUGGUGGAAUAUGAGUUUAUGAAGUCCACAGAGAUCACACACAGGUAAAAAAUGUGAUUACAGUUGAUCUACAGCUCAAUGAACUCAAGGCCUGACUUUUGCCAGGCCAUCCCGGGUAGUCAGGAAUCUAGUCGAGGAAUUUAUUUACUGCUGUUCGAUGCAGUAUUGGUUUCUGGAGCUAACCAAAGUUUUUCGCGUGCAAAUAACUCUCAUUGUUGUCCAUCUAUGGUUCUCUGAAGUCAAGGCAUGACUUCGCUUGGGUCAUCACAUUUUCCUAUGAAUAGUUGUGUGGGACCUAUUUAUUGACACAUGAUCGAAUAUGAGUUUAUGCAGUGCACAGAGGUUCCACAUAGGUAAAACAUGUGAUUACAGUUGAUCUACAGCUCAAUGAACUCAAGGCCUCACUUCAACCAGGCCAUCCCGGGUACUCAGGAAUCUAGUCGAGGCUUUUGCUUACUCCUGUUCGAUGUAGUACUGGUUUCUGGAGCUAAUCGUUGUUUUCCGCAUGCAAAUAGGUCUAAUUCUAACCCACUACGGUUCUCUGUAGUCAAGGCAUGACUUCAAUCAGAUCGUCCAAAAUUUCUACAGUUCGUUGAUAUCACAAACAUUAUACAGAUGUUUAAGUAUUGGUGCAAAUAAGUGCGAUAAAAAUCAUUGAAAACAAUCCUUGGUGAUUAUUUCGAGUGUUCAUGUUUUGUAAGGACGGAUUCGGACAAUCCAUCGAGAUAUUCAGGAAAUAUCAACAGUACUACAAGAACAACACAUGUUCUAUAGAUGUCUCCGAUUACCUAUGGGGUCAAUAAGGGAAUAAUAUCUCGUGUUUAAUUUCAUUUGAAAACAACAAACGCAAAUGUAUACUUGUAUGGUUCAAAAAUGUUGAAUAUCCCAAGAACUCAAAAGAAACCUAUCGGAAAAUCUCAAAUUCGAACCUGUAGCAACAUCAACUAUCAUUAGGCAACGGAAUGUGCAAACUCCCAUUGAAAUACUUCGUUAAGAGGAAAGUUAUGGGGGUGCAAAUCGUACUUGGCCUUUUUUUUGCCCGACUUGACCCAGUGACCCACCGGCCUUACUCCGUCCAGAAGUCCAAGAAAAUGUUGAUCCCAUAUAUUUCCAAAACUAUAGUGUUGUGCGAGUUUGUGUUCAAAAUUUGGUUAAAUUCUGUUAAGAAAUGGGCUGUUGGCGAUUUUUUGAACUUUUAUUUUUUACCUGGGGUUCAACGGGUUAAUAAAAAAAAAUAAAAAAAAAAAACAAAAA